AUGCCAUCCGCGGCCUACCCAAGCAUGUUUUCCCCGGCGGGUCAGUCGCCCAUGCUGAAUAACGGCGGUGUGCUCGAUGGCUCUGGGACUAUUGACCCGGCUACUUUGAAUCCCACUGCAUUCUCAUCGCAUCUCUCGUCGGGAUCCCACAUUCCCCCUUACUCGCCACCGACCUCUAAUACGACCGAGUUUGAUAAUGAUUCGAAACCCGGUGUUAGCGCGCUGGCUAAUAGUAGCCCUCGAGGUGUAAAACGGAGUCGAUCACCUGUUGAACCCUAUCGAGAUGGUGCUAUUGCUGGGGAUGACCUAGGCACAGGUACGCGAAUAGGUUUUUUUUUUUUCUUUCUUUCUUCCUUUCCUUUUUUUUUUUUUUUACCCGUUAUUCGUUUGGGUGACUUAAAAAAAAAAUGCGGUAAUCAGUGAAUUACGCGACAUGUUAUUAUGCGCGGUCGCGAGAGCGGCUCAUGAGAAUGCACAUGAAAAGCCAAAAGAGGAAAAGCAAAAACUAACUAUCUGUCGCAACAGGUGCAGCGGGUGAACCGCCUCAACGAAGAAAGAGAGGAAGGCCACCAAAGAACAAGGGCCCUGGUGUCCCUCAGAGUCCGAAUCUUGCGACUACUCCCCAACAGCAGCACCAACAGCUGCCGCCACAGGCUGUCAGUACCCCUCAGUUACAGCAGAUUCAGCCUCCCGCUCAGCAACCAGGAUCGCUGCCUACUCCCCCUAAGCCACCCCCUGCUAAACCUGUGGUAAAGGCAUUACCAACCGUGCGUGACCACACCACGGACCAACUCACACCAGAGGGUGAUGAGUAUGUGCCACGCGAGACUGAUGAUGAGGGUGACAAGAAAGUGCUCCCGACCGGGCACUUGUGCAAUGGUAGGGAAUACAAGUGCCGAACUUUCAAUGUUCCCAACCGUGGAGACAAGCUCUUCAUGUUGGCCACCGAAUGUGCAAGGGUUCUCGGAUAUAGAGAUUCGUACCUUCUUUUCAACAAGAAUAGGUCGCUCUAUAAGAUCAUUGCUACCCAAGCCGAGAAGGAUGACCUCAUCCAGCAAGAGCUCCUUCCAUAUUCAUACCGCUCACGGCAAAUUGCUAUUGUUACUGCGAAGAGUAUGUUCCGGCAGUUUGGUAGUAGGGUCAUUGUGAAUGGGCGAAGGGUGCGGGAUGAUUAUUGGGAAACCAAGGCUAGGAAACAGGGUUUCACAGAGGAAGAUCCGGCUGGUGAGAAGAGGCCUGGUGCAGCAAAGCAAAGAGCCGCACAAGCCAGUGAGCAAGCCGCCCAGCAGCAGCAGCAACAACAGCAGCAGCAGCAACAGCAGCAGGCGGCCGCGGCUCAACAGCAACAGCAGCACCAUGAACCAAUCUACCCUCAUGAUGCUGUGCAACUCGACCAACAGCCACAACCUCAGAUGGUCCAACCAGGUCUUGGCGGGCCAGCCCCGGUUCCCCUUGCACCUCUGCCAAUGAUCCAUCUCGCGCCGGAGGGUCAGGAUAGAUUAAAAGAAAUCUAUUCGGUGCCUCGCCCCAAGCAAGAGAUUACUGGACCCCCCUACCAGGACCGUGCUGUCAGUGCCGCUCCCGCACAACUCAUGGAGCAGGUGCAUAGUACUGCAGAUUAUAAUAAGGUUCUUCGAACCACUAGUGGCGUGAGGAAGGAGAUGUUCGGCAAUUACUAUAAUAAACCCAGAUCUCCUCCAGUUAACAAUCAACCCGGUCAGCAGCAGCAGCCGAUGCCAAGUCCCCAGCAGCAACAGCAGCAGCAGCAGCAGCAGCCUACGAACCCUCCGCUGCCACAUCCUUCUCAGCAUAACCCAAUCCCGCAGCACCCCCAAAUCCAUACGACACACAUGAUGAACCCGCAGCAACUGUCAACCCUGCACCACCAGCAACAGCAACAGCAGCAGGCCCAGGCCCAGGCUCAACAGCAGCAGCAGGCUCAGCAACAGCAACAGCAGGCUCAGCAGCAUCAAAUAAUUCCCCAACAGUCUCCACGAACCUCCCAGAGCAUCAAACCGGAGCAGCUACACAACCAUCCAAAUGCUACCUACAUCCCCCCCCAGUACUUCCAAUCUCCGGGCCCGCAGCAACAAACGGGGCACCCGCAACAUCACCCACAGCAACACCACCCCCAGCCGCACCCGCAGUCGAUCCCGGCUAUGCAUGUGCAGCACGGUGGACAGUCGCAGCCCCCGCUGUAUUCCAACCCUACCCCGCAGCAUUAUUUGGGCAACCCGCCGCCCCCGCAGAAUUACCGCUCGCAGCCACCACAGCAGCAGCAGGGCGGGCAGUGGUGGAAUACUACGGGUUAGAUAAAGUGAUGUUGGUGUGACGAACGUGUUUCCAUGAUUAGUAUAGUUGUCGUGAUUGUUCUUGUCGGUGUCAUCACCGCCGUUGUAGCGGUAGGGUGAAAUUGGGGUGAUUGGCACGAGAUUUAUUUCUUCCUUUUUUUGUCCCGCAACUGUUUUUUCCGGUUUUGUUUGCUUCAGUUUGAUUGCUUUGUGCUUUGUGCUUUGUGCUUUGGUCAAUCUGCUUUUUUUUGUAUGUUGCGGGAUUGGGGAAUACUGGAAUCUGUUCUACUCCGUGUCGUUCUUGUUUUUAACUCCUUCUCCCUUUCUCUCUUCUUUUGUGUUAUGCUACUCCCUUUUUUUUUUCACUCCCAUUUCAACCUUCUCUUCUCCCCCUCAGGGUUUUCGCACAAGGUCAACUGGGGUCCUCUUUAUCUCUUCCCCUUCUACUUCUACUCGAAGCUUGGCUACGCGCAUCUAUUCUGCUCAAUUCCUUUGAUAUAUAUCUUUCUUUUUUUGAUUCGCUCAUUCCAUACGCUCCUUAUACCAAUUGCCUUCUUCUCUUAUCUGUGCAAUCGGGUUUUGUCCUUCUACUUCUCUUCAUUCGGUUUGUUAGGUCUCCAUCUCCAUCUCAAUCUAGUUGUAAUCUGAGGGUAAUGGGUUCAUCACUUUUUUCCACUUUUAUUUAUUUAUUUAUCUACUUGGCUAUUAUUUAGUUAUGUCCCGUGUGU